UUAUAGUUGGAAAUCAACAUGUGUAAUAUAAAAUAAUGAUAUCUUCUGUUUUUAUUGUUUAUCAUGGUUCUCCGCUGCUAUAUAGGGCAUAUAGGGAAGAAUGUACGAGACAAGACGCUGUCUUAUUCGCGAAAAAUGUCUAUAACAAGUCUCUUGGUCCUUACAAGCCAAUAUGGCAAUUUGGUUUUACAACCUAUGUUAGUGUUGAAAUGGGAAGUUUCUACAUUGUUGCAUCAUGUAAUGGCAAUAUAAACGCAGCUCUAAUAAUUCAAGCGUUAUGCGAUAUACGCACCGCAAUAGUACGUUUUAUGGAUUUUAACAUAAACGAGACGUCUAUUUUGAAUAAUUUGUUUCUUAUUCAUGAAAUUUUGGAUAUAGCAAUAGACGCAGGAUACCCUCAGGAUUUCUUUAUUAAUUACAUUACUGGAGUACCACACAGGGAAUCCAGUUUAUCUUUAUGCAAGAAGAAAUUAUUACACAUUAGAAGUUAUCUGGAAGGAUAUGGCGUCGAUGUGAAUCACUAUUUAAAAUCUGGUGUAGUACGACAUUCCGAAGAAGCUGCUACACCCACUAGUUCCAUUGAAGUAUCGCCGAAAAUGAAAUUUUGGAAAACACCCAAACUUUUAACUCGAAAGAACGAUGUAGCAUUUAGCGUAACCGAGUGUAUUAAUUGUUGUCUCUCAUAUGCGGGAGAGGUAACACUAUGCCAGACUACUGGGAGCAUCACUAUGGAUGUGUAUACCGUAGAUGAUAUGUCUAUGGAAAUCACAUUAAACACCGAUUUCAUUAAGUUGCCGUCGAUGAACCAUUGCAAGAAGUUGGAGGCCAUAAACGACUUAGAGUUCCAACCACCCGCAGGAGCAUUUAUAUCCACCACAUUAACCGACUUUAAGGUGGAUAAAUCCAUUGACAUUUCAUCGAUGAUUCGUCAAAAAAGGAUAUCAGUAUCACCUUCAUCAGGUAUGACUGUGCUCUUAUUAUAUCGCACGGAGAAUCAAACUAAACUUCCGUUUGUAAUAACUCCGAUAUUAACAAAGGCAAGUAGUCAGGUGUUGUAUUACCACAUCAGUAUGGAGACAAACUUUCCGAAGAAAACGUUUGCAACAAAUGUUGGAAUGGACAUACCGCUACCUAUAAAUGCAUCUCACGUAGAGAUCAUCUCAAAUGCUGGACAAUGCCAGAUUAAGAUUGCCGAAAACAUGGUACACUGGCAUCUCGGUAAAGUAUAUGGUCAAACGAUCUUAUCAAUGGAAUUUCACUGUAGAUUGACAAAAUCCAUCACCGGUGUUUCAACUCACUUGUCACCAUUGGCACUCCAUUUUGAUUUACCGAACUAUUCAUUCAGCGGACUAUACAUACGUGAUGUAAAAAUCACCAAUACACAAUACAAAACGAUAAAGAGCGUUUCUUAUACCACUGUAAACGGUGAGUAUCAUUACAAAUUAAAGUUACCAACUUAAUAUUUUAUUUUAUGGAUAUUCAUGUCUACCAACGG